GUGUGAAUUUGGAUCUGAGUUGCCACGCUAUGCCCCAGUUAGAACGAGACGAUGUGUAGAGGAAUGUAUUUCUGGCUCUUAGCUGUAUCUGUUGUUAGUGCCUUCUAUGCCGAGUCUGUGCAAGAGGAGAUAAUUCCGUCAGACUUCCGAUACACUAACUAUGAAGCCAUGGUCCAGCAGUUUAACAUAUUUCAGAACCCUGAUCUCAAUGGCUAUGUUCAGAUCACCUUGGACUUGGAUCGGGAUCAGCUGUUGGUUGGGGCAAGGGGCUGCAUAUUCCGGUUGUCGAUGAGCGAUCUCGAGGUGAUUCAGGUGGCUGACUGGAACUCCAACAAUGAAACCAGAGAUAUCUGUAUCAAGAAAGGAUUCUCUGCGGAGAGCUGCCACAACUUUAUCCGAGUUCUGUUUGUCUUCAAGGACAAAGUGUUUGUGUGUGGGACGAACGCGUUUGACCCCAUUUGUUCUUGGAGACUCGCUGACAAUAUUGAAAUGGUGAAUGAGACCAUCAAAGGGAGAGCAAUCUGUCCAUACAACCCGAACCAGAACGUGUCAUCGAUCAUGACGGGUAACGGGGAUCUGUACACAGCGACGACCAUCGACAGCACGUCACGUGACCCGGCCAUCAGUCGCAACCUGGGGCCAUCGAGACGUCUCCGCACCGUGCAGUUCAAUUCAAAGUGGCUCAACGAGCCUAACUUUGUAUCGGCGUAUGAAAUUGGAGAUUUUGUAUAUUUCUUCUUCCGAGAAACGGCUGUGGAAUUCAUAAACUGUGGAAAAAAAAUAUAUUCGAGAGUAGCAAGAAUUUGUAAGACUGAUCGUGGGGGGACGUUUGUGUUGGAGGACAACUGGAUAACGUUUCUGAAGGCUCGCAUGAACUGCUCCAUCCCGGGCGAUUUCCCGUUCUACCUGGACGAGAUACAGAGCACAUACUACUCCGAGAGUAAACAGCUGAUCUACGCAAUCUUCACCACACCACCAAACAGCAUAGCUGGAUCAGCGGUCUGUGUCUACAACAUUACUGCAUUUGAGAAAACUUUUACUGGUCCCUUUAAAUACCAGGAAGAUUCUAAAGCAGCCUGGGUGCGACAUGGCAACAAUAAACCUAUGGAAAGAUGUGCGAGUGCAGGAAGUGGGAGUAAACGGUCAACACAGAAAUCUGCUGAUGACUUGGAACAAGCCAAUAGAUACCAGCUGAUGAAUUCCGCAGUUCAACCGCAGCAAUUCUAUCCUCUCCUGUUUGGUAAAAACGAGAGAUGGACUCACGUGGUGAUUGACCACGUCGAAGGGAAGCGUGACACCUACGAGGUUGUGUUCCUGGCGACGGCCGAUGGUAAAAUCCGCAAGAUGCUGAAACUUGUUAAUGUCUCAACCGUGUGUCUCGUCGAGGAAAUUAAGAUCGUGCCCAACGGGGAACCAAAACCUGUCAAGGCCAUGAAGAUCUCACACGAGAAGGCUGCCAUUUACCUGUCGACGUCGGGCAACAUCAUUAAAAUACCUGUUGCAAGAUGUGAACGCUUUACAGACAGCGACCUGUGUAUGAAUGCUGCUGACCCUUACUGUGGCUGGGAUAUCAGCACUAGGAAGUGCACGCAGGCGCCGCGGGGGAAUCCUCAUGCCGAUCACUGGCAUCAACAUAUAUCUGGAUGUCCCAUUGUACAGUAUCCUAUAAAUGGCGCCUGGUCUAAAUGGUCCCAAUGGGGUAGGUGUCAGAUGGUCGGAACUGACCAAACAGGCGAAGAGUGUUGGUGUCGCCAUAGAAACUGUGAUAGCCCAAAACCUUACUACGGGGGCCGACCGUGUGUUGGUCAGAGUGUUGAGGUCACUAAUUGUACAGUUCAUGGCAACUGGACCCAGUGGUCUCAAUGGUCUCGCUGUUCCAAGUCGUGUGGUUAUGCGGUCAAACAUCGAGAGCGACACUGCAGUAACCCGAGCCCGAAGUUUGGUGGAAGUGUUUGCGUGGGAAGAGCGUUGGAUAGCCAGUAUUGUAAAGGAAGCUUGGAGUGUCCAUCGACUCCUAUCAAUGGCAAGUGGUCUCACUGGUCUGGCUGGAGUAAGUGCACGUAUCGCUGUAACGGGGGAAUCCAGACACGGCGGCGCACAUGCGACAAGCCUCUGCCGAGUCGUGGCGGGAUUCCGUGCAUCGGCAACAAGCAGGAGUGGAGGAUGUGCAACACACAGCACUGUGAUGAACUAUCCAAGAUAACUCCAUGGACCCAGUGGUUCAAAACCAACUACACCAAGGGAGGCUACUUCGAGCAGCGUUUCAGGUAUUUCUGCCGCGCCAACGUUGCCGAAAAGAAAAUGAUCAAAUCGAGCCACGCGAAAACCCAGGGGAGGUUCUGCUUUAGCAACGGGCGCGGGUGUUACAAGCCAGGUGAGUUGCGCAACACCAUCACGUCGAUGGACACGUUUUCCUCGGUCGAUCGUGUGCUCAAAAAGUUCUGUAGAUAUAGGCGAAAACUCUUCCGCAAGUACUGCAACUGCCGAACUCUCGGCGUCUUCCUCGUGUUUUCAGAGCAUCUGAUUGGUGGACACCUUGAUGAUACAUCGUCUGAUUGGUCAACAAAUGUACACCCAGACUCUCCGAUAGGUGGAAAUCAAGACAGUGUUUCUGAUUGGUCAGUGAAUACAGAAACAUACUCUGUGAUUGGUGGAAACCGAGAUGGUGCUUGGUCUGAUUGGUCGGCCUGGUCAGUGUGUUCUGUAGACUGUAAUGGUGGCAUGCAGUGGAGAAGCAGGUCAUGUGACAACCCGCAGCCAAUAGGAAAUGGGUCGGACUGUCAGGGCUCAUGGUCCUGCUGGUCAGAGUUCUCUCCCUGCUCUGUGACCUGUGGUAGCGGGGUCAAGACCAGAACAAGGUCAUGCAUGGGUCUCGACAAGGGCAAGGUUAUCUACUACCCAUGCCUUGGAAAUGGAUCACAGACAAGAAGCUGUGAAAAACCAUUCUGUAAAGAAGACGAUGCUGCACUGCAUGACCCCUGGACGCAGUGGUCGCCCUGCACACGUGACCACCUGCAGUAUCGACAUCGGCGCUGUUCUGUGGCCACGGUGUCAGACAGACACUGUAAAGCUGACAUGUUCGACGUCAAGAGGUGUCGCUGGACAGAAUCAGAUAUUCGAGUCGCGUCGGCCAUUUCCGAAACCAACAUGGUCCGUAAAAUCGGCGGCAUCUAUCUCAUCAUCGUUGCCAUCGUUGCCUUCGUCAUCGGCGGCCUGGCAUCGGUGGGGCUGUACAUGUACGUCCAGCAUCACCGCGAGCAACAGCUCAAGGAAGAAGAGCUGUGGAAAAACAGCAGCAAGCCGCAGGACUUUAAGACGGUCAAUCUGAUUGGCUCGUCGCAGAUUAGUCUUGAUUUCCACAACCUCAACCUUAACAACAACAACAGGUUCAGUGUUAACACGUACAACUCAUUGAAGAAGGAGAAGCUGACGGUAAAUGAGGCCAGCAGUUUGAAGAAGAAUUCCAAGCGGGAUUCCAUGUGGACGAAUUUAUCUAUCAAUGAUUUGUAA